AUGUCGAGAACCUCGACAACCGUCCCAACUCCCACCACAGGGCCAACACCCAUAAUGGCUCUACCCGUCAUGCAGAAGGUGGUCGAGACUUCUGAGUGGGAGACAGCCAACAACAUUCAGCAGGAGACUGACGAUACGUCUCAGCUUGUACCUUCGACGUCUCCAGUCCUGGAGUCCUCUUCUGACUACUCACCUUCACUCAAGCUGGCCGAGGAGAUUAAUCAGAUUAACCAAAUCAACCAGAUCAGACACAUGCAGGAGGGCGCUAUAUCUCCCUCAAUCAUGCCAACAGCAGCCUCCUCUGGGAUCUCGGCGACAUCCAUUUCGGUCGGGAUCUCCACUUUACUUGCACAGACUGCUGCCUCGGCAUCACUUGCCACAACAGCAACAGCAACGACGACGAUUUCGACAACAACACAGAACGUACCGACAACACCAUUGCGCAAGGCGUCUUUGCCGGUGUCGGCGCCUGCUCCAGAGACCUUUGAUUGUCCUGUCCUUCCAACAUCAUUGCCAUCUCCUCCCUCAACCAACCAAGAGCCAGUCUUUUCCAGCAUCCGCAACAACCCUUGCCCUACCUCAGCAACACCACUCUUCCGAUUCAAAUCGACGUCGUUUCAGCAGCAGGAGGAGACCGUAGUCAAGAUCGAGUCGACUGACCUUCCCAUGACGCCGCCGUCCUCUCAAGAGUUUCAGGAACCUCACGAUCCUCUGGAAUCUAGUUUCGAACUUGACUCUACAUUGGAAUCAAACGGAUAUCACCGUAGCAACACAUCCAGUCAGAGGCAACCACAUCGGGCACACCAUCAACAACACCACCACCAACAGUCGCUCCACCCAUUCGACAGGACCGCUUCAAGCGCUCCCAGGAAGACACUCAACUGGGUCAAUGCUAUCCCUUCACACUUCAGCACAUCUCCAAAUGGACAGCCACGCAAGAGAAGAAGGAGGACCAACCGCGAGGAGCUCGAGAUUCUGGAAGAUGCCUUUGCCAAGAACUUGUUACCAGACGCAGCAACACGACAGGAGUUGGGAGAGCGUCUUGGGAUGAGCGUCCGGGCUGUGCAGAUCUGGUUCCAGAACAGACGCCAGACACUGAGGAAAAAGUCUGUCUCGGGAAACGGAAUUGGUGGCGUACAUCCAGGAGGGUCCGAAGACGACCUGCCCCGAUCGGAUGGCGAGCGCAGUAGUUAUGGUGGCGGUGAGUCGCAUCGGCGAUCGUCAGACGAUUCCAACAUGUCGGUUUCUCCUGUCCUUUUACCUUCGCGUGGACACGGGCAUGUCUCGAGGCUCGGUUCAAGAUCCUGUUCCGAUUUGAUGUCCACCUCGCCUUCUAUCAGUUCCUUGAUGAGGCCACCAUCGUUGACUCGCGCUGAUACCUGCUCCGCUUUGCCGGCUGCUCUGUCGCCUCUGAAGUUGCCUUUGUCAUCCCCUCCAUCGAGACCUGUUGCUCCAUUCAAGUCUCCAUCUCCUCAGUCAGAUCAUAGAUCGGCCAAGGACUCUGGGGCGGGGAGCGAUCGUCUUGUUGCCGUCAAGUCCGAGGAGUCUGAGGAGACUUUGCGCAAGAGGCUGGCUGUGACCAGGAGCACCCAGGAGCUGACAGAUAUUAAGACUGCCGACCGUCACUUGAACAUGUUGUUGCAGGAAGCCAAAAGAAGGUCUGGUCAAGGAAACGACCCCGUGAUGGCUACCUGGUCCGAGAAGUCAACAAAGCCCAUUCUCAACUCAUCGUCAUCACUUACAGGGAGCUCACCAUCCGGCACGACGUUCUUCCCAGCCUCAAAGUCAGCAACGAUCCCGCCACAUCGAUCCCUGUCAACGCCAACCAUCCCAUCUUCUUCCUCAGGAACCGACUAUACUCGCCAGCCUCUUUCUAUACCAUCACAGUCGCACCCACGAUCUGCUGCCCCAAAGAGUGCCCGGAAGCACCGUUCCAUGCCAGAGCCGCUCUCGAAUUCGACAUCCAAUCGCUACGGCCCGCCUUACCCUCGGACAAUGUCCCUGAUGGAGCAGGUCCUCAAUCGCCAAAAGCAGCAGCACCAAUCUCACUCGCACCAUCACAACCAUCGACCAGCCCGUAGUAACUUUAAACAGUCGACGCUCUCUAGGACUGGCAAACACACGAUCGAUAGCGUCGCUAACAGGGCAUCAAAGUCAUUCCUCGCCUCGGUACUUCCCUCUACUACGACAUCCACUCUCUCCUCCACAGGGAUCAACACUGCCGAAUUGGCCCGUCGAUUGCAGUUGGUCAUGGGCAAUGGUUUCAAGCGGAUUCAGUCGCAGUCCAAACUGAUCAGCCCUGUAUCACCAGUUGCCACUGUCCCUGCCCCAGCUACCACUACCUCUGUCACUCCUGCCGUCACUGCCGCUCGACCAACCACUGGACAACCAGCCAUGCGAGCCAGACGACUUUCUAUUGGCCAAAACCUCUUUGACUCUGACACAGAAGAGGAGAAGCGGAGCCAGGCCUCUACGCCAUCUUGGAAACAUGUACAACAACAACAACAACAGCAGCAGGAGCCUCGUCCUUUCCCUUCAAGAAAGACAUUGACUCACCAAGCACAGAAGCGAACUGCCAGGACCCACAUGACACCCGCAAACGGCGACGAGACGGACGAAGAGGAUUUCCGAGAACAGGCCAAGAAGCGAGCGAGCAUGACCAAGACGUUUGCAAAGUCGUUUGACUUGGGGAUAGAGCAAAAGUCGUACCAGCAGCACUCCCAGAGGCAGAGACAGCAUUCACAGGAUAGCUGGAGUGGAGUUCACAAGAUGCCUCGGAAGGUGUUGAGGGCGUCCAUGUCGCUCAUUACCUCUUCGCCUACCAGGGAGUACGGUGUGGAGCUGGAGCAUGCCUCACGCCGGUCCCCUGCCAGUUUUCCCAUCCUCGAGAGGAACCACAGCUGGGGUGGAGUUCAUCUUGGAGACAAAUCAUCGUCACCAUUAUCUGGAGUAGCCACAGCCGCGGCAGAGUCGGACGAUAUGAACAUGGAUGAGAUCGAGUGCGCCAAUGUCUUGGCCGGCCUUGGUUGGGGUCGUUAG